AUGGAGGAGGGUGUAAAACUUGUUGACAAGUUAUCAAAACUUAGUAUGUGGAACUGCAGCAUCUGGUGUAAUUGUUGCAACUGCACAAAGCCUAGUUAUACAGACAAACUUGUGGAAUUGGACAGAUCUCUUAGAAUACUAUUGGAAAUAUUGAAGCUGCAGGAAGCGAGGGAUGUGAAGGAGGCACUGCUUUUGGCAAGGAAAAUUCAUGACAAACAAGAUGAAUUGGACAAGAAACUAUCUGAUUUACUAAAAGUGCAGCAAGAAGCCGGGCUGAGAGCGCAUGAGGAAUUGAAUGGCCGGGAAUUUUCAAGAAGCAAUAAUUCACAAACUACAGGGCAGAAACGAAUUAAAGGGAAUGGUGUGCAAAGAAUUGCCCUAGGAGCAGUGUUUGGGUUGCUCUUUGGUGCUGUUAUACAAGUGAAGGACAAGACUAAGAUGUUUAAGCGCAUCCUUGGAUAUCUCAACUCCACGUUAGACUCCUUAAAACCACUAAUAGAAGAGAUAACAGAAUAUAACAAGGUACUGCAUCUCCCCAAGGAGGAACUAGAGAAUUUCACCAUACAAAUGGAGACGGGGGUAGAGCUCAUUCACAAGUGCUCUAAGGUUCAUAAGUGGGCUAAUUACAAAAAAUAUGAAUAUACCAACAAACUUCUUAGAUUGGAUGAAUCUCUUCAAGGAUUAUUAAGUAUACUGAGAGUGCAGUUAGCAAGAGAUGUGAGAGAGAGCUUAGUUUUCGUAAGUAAUACAGAGAUUGUGAUCAAGCAAAUUGAAGAGAGUGGUACGACACAAUUACAGAAUGAUCCAACUGAAAUUGAAGAUUCAUGUGAUGUACUUGAACCCCCACAGCCUGAAGUUGGAUUGAGUGUGCAGGGAACAAGGGAUGUUAAGGAGACAUUGGAUUCGGCAGCAAAAAUAGUGGUCGGGGUGAAGCGAAUCGAAGGUAGUGGAGAUGUACAAGGUCAAACUGACAUGGGAAUAGGUGAACCUACAUUGCCUCCACUUGAAGCUUUGGAUGCUGAAAAUGAGAUGACUGAAUAUGUACCUUCAACGGUUACAGUUAGCUUGAAUGUGCUAUUGAGGGAGUUGAAGAGGAAGCUUCUUAAGGAUGAGGCAUCAACACUUGUGCUAACCGGGCCUCGAGGAUGCGGCAAAACCACAUUGGCAAAAAAAUUUUGUCAAGAUAAGGAAGUUAAAGAUAUAUUCAAGAAGAGUAUCUUCUUUGUUCGUGUUUCGAAAAGGCCCAACUUGAGCGUUAUUGUACGAAAGCUAUAUCAACAGAUUGAACACAAGGAUUCUCAGAUACUUGAGUUGCAAGAAGACACAAUUGCACUUAAGUGGCUGCAAAUAUUUCUUAAGGAAACAGGACAACACCCUUCACUGUUGGUCUUGGAUGAUGUUUGGCCUGGAUCAGAACCCAUUCUUAACAAGUUUGAUAAUUUCAAAACAUCAGAUUACAAGAUUCUGGUGACAUCAAGAUCUGAAUUUCCGACAUUUGGUUCUCCAUAUUAUUUGCAAUCAAUUAAUGAUGAAGGCACCAUGACUAUUUCUCAUCAUUCCCGCGCAAACUCCUUCGAAUCAUUGGACGAUGAAGACCUGAUACGUGUUUCUCCCGCAACUUCCUUCAGAGCGAUGGAUGACGAUCCAACUGCUUGCUUUUGUGAUUUCUCCACAUCCUACUUGGAAGACAGAAUCUCUCAUGUUUCAGAAGAUGCUAACCUGAUGGCGCAUUUUCAUGAUUCCUCUGCAACCACUGCAGGGGAUACAAGCUCUCCUGUUUCAAAGGAUGUUGGGACAAAGUUACCUAUUGGCAAUCCUGUCAAGUCUACACAGACAUAUAAGCAGCAGAAGUUGGGACUAAAGAAGGAAGUCAAGAAAACAAAUAGAGUGGAUGAUUUGGAACAAAAUUCACUACCCAGUAGUUUAGGAGGAGCUGAAGAUAAAAAUGAUCCUGAGGCCAAAAGAUGGAAGGCAGAAAAUGUAAGUGAUCAGACCUCAUCAGAUUAUGGGGGUAGAAUUGUGAAAGAACCCAUGUUUGGGAUGCACACAAUAAGUGCAGCUAAUAUCAUGGACGAUGGAUAUAGCUGGAGGAAAUAUGGACAAAAAGAACAGACGGGAUAUCCAAAUCUACGGAGCUACUACAGAUGCACAUUUCAAGGAUGUCCAAUGAAGAAACGUGUGGAUCAAACAUCACAUGACUCAAAGGUUGUGACUACCACAUAUAAAGAGACGACACACAACCAUGGUAGUAGCAGUAACAACAUGUACAUGCCUGUCUUAGACUUGCCCUUUCAGAACAUAGAGCAGCCAACAACAGAAACUCAAUCACCUUAUAUCAAAGGAAGUGAGAGAUUUCCUGGGUUAUAG